AAAAACCAGAUCUGGUUCUCCGGUCGCCGCAGCUGUGAGCAUCAUCCAACGUCGCUGCGGCUACCUUUGACGACCUCGCAGAAACCCCGCAGCCAUGGCCAACAAGGGCUUGAAGGACCUGAAGCAGCAAGUGGAAGGGGCGGCCCAGGACGCAGUGACUGCGGCCGGAGCAGCAGCUCAGCAAGUGGUGGAUCAGGCCACAGAGGCAGGGCAGAAAGCCAUGGACCAGGUGGCCAAAUCUACCCAGGAAACCAUCGACAAGUCUGCUAACCAGGCCUCUGAAUCUUUCUCGGGUUUUGGGAAAAAAUUAGGCCUCCUGAAAUGACAGAAGGGAGCCACGGGUGACUCCCCUCCAGGCCCUGCGCUCCGGUCAGUGGCUGCCCCCUUGGCCUAAUGCCUCAUUAAAGCACAUAUACCUAC